AAAGAAACAGUCCGGAUGUGGUUGAAGAAAAGAACAAAAGAUGUCAAUAAAUAUUUCAGAGAGUAAAUGGAAAACAGCCCUGACCUCCAUCCUGGAGGAGCUGGAUGAGUCAGAAUACAAGAAGAUGCUAUUGUGUUCCUGUCUUGACAAAAUCCCUAAAGGUGUGAAGACUGGCAGGUCCAGAGAGGAGAUGCCCCAAAUAAUCAUCCAGUAUUUAGGAGUAGAUGAGUCCAUCUCUGCAAUCAAUAAAGCAAUGGAACAAUUACCGAGGAACGACUCUGCGGUCCAGGACCUGCUGCGCCCCUUUGUAGACAAACCGAGGAACAAAUGUGAAGAGAACAGAGAUCAACCACAGAGCAGCCAACCUGACAAGGAGAAGAAGACCAGCAGUGUGACAGAAAGUUGCAGAAUCGUAGGUAAAGACCACAUCAGCACUGACCAGGAGCUGCGUAUGGGGGAUUUCCUCAUCAGCAAAAAUGGCAAAUACCAAGCUGUUUUCCAGGAAGAUGGCAACUUUGUCAUCCUUGCCGAUGGUGAUGAGCGUCCCAUUUGGGCAACAGGAACAAAUGGUUGGAACCCAUUUCGACUCAUUGUACAGCAGGACAACAACGUGGUUAUGUACACCAAAGAAAACAAGCCGGUUUGGGCCUCAGGCACCUGGACACAUCGCCCUUGGUACAGCACUAGGAUGCGCCUGACUAUGACAAAUGAUGGUUUACUGGUUCUUGACAAAGAUGGAAAGACUAUUUGGAGUGAUGGAAAAAAGUGGGAAUAAUGAUAUUUUCAGACUGAAGUCAUGAUGUGGCAAGAAACAUGUGCUUUGUGCUUAGAUCCUAAUAAAGGAAUGUAAUAUAAAGCACUCAGUAAUUUAUGGUUAUUAUUAUUUUGUCAAAGGUUUGAUCACUCUGUGGAAGAGAUAUAUUGAUGAUGAUAUUUAUAUUGAUGGUGAUGAAUAUUUGUAUUUCCUGAAGAAAAUGCUUGUGAUUUCUGCAUCUGCUCCUGCUGCAGGGACUGCCAAUUGGUCCGUGGCUGGUGGCCCUGUCUAUGGUGCUCAUUAAAGGGCUUUCAGUCUAGUGGGAAGUGCUAAGUACUAGGUCUAGUUUUUCGAACUACUAGGGUUUCUGAAUAAUUGGCUGUCGGACCAAUGGCAUGGCAACGCUGCUGCUCGCCAGCCCAGCUUCUGAAAGAGUCCCAGCAAGAAGUGUUGGUGAUUCAUGUCUGAAGAUACCACUCAAAGUCGGUGGUAAUGGAAUCAUGUGUUUAAGAGAUAUGCUGGUGUUUUAUUAAUGGCCUCAAGGGGGAGGUAUUGGUGCCAUAUGUCAUGCACAUGUUCAUGGUGAAGUUGUGUACCAAGUUUCAUCUUAUUAAAGACAACAGAACUGUUGAAAUAUCAUAUUAUAUUGUUACUGUAGCACCCCCUGUUGGUGAUUUUGCAUCAAAUGUUACACACUUGUGAAAUGUGGCUGAAUGUACAACAUUGCCAAAUUUAGUUGCAAUCAAAUUUUGCAUUGAAGCGUUAUGGCCCAUUAAGUGCCUUUAAAAUUUUGGUAACCAGUUACAGACAAACGGUGAACAAUAUCCAAAACAAA